AAAUAAAAGGAUCCAUAUGAACUUGUAUUUAUACUCAAUUCUCAAUCUUGCUCUUCUGCACUUUCGUACUGGUUCUUGGAUCAACAAUGGAGUUUCUGCUGCUGCUGCUCGCCCUCUCGAGUUUUGCUUCAUCAAUUUAUGGAGCGAAGCCUCUGUCUUAUGAUUAUUCCGCAAGUAUAGAGUGUCUUGAGAAGCCACUUCAACCUCAGUACAAUGGAGGGAUCAUCAAAAACCCCGAAUUCAACGAGGGUUUACUCGGCUGGUCACAGUUUGGAGAUUCCAGAGUCGGUUUCAGAGAUUUAAGGGGCAACAAAUUCGCCGUUGCUGGAUCGAGAAACCAGUCUUAUGGCAGCGUUUCUCAGAAACUUUACCUGAAAAAGGGCUUGCUCUAUACGUUCUCGGCAUGGUUACAAGUGAGCGAUGGAAUGGCUCCUGUCUCGGCGAUUUUCAAGACGAGGAGUGGCUACAGGCAUGCUGGUGCCAUUGUUGCUGAAUCUAAAUGCUGGUCCAUGAUUAAAGGCGGUCUUACCGUCGAGAAAUCUGGUCCCGUCGAGCUCUACUUCGAGAGUAAGGACACGACCGUAGAGAUUUGGGUGGAUAACGUAUCGUUGCAGCCCUUCACACAAGAGGAAUGGACCUCCCAUCAAGAACUGAGCGUUCAGAAGACGAGAAAGGGAACCGUGAAAAUCAAAGCGGUGGACAGCGAGGGAAAACCCGUUCCAAAUGCGACGAUAUCCAUACAACAGAACAAUCUCGGGUUCCCGUUCGGAUGCGAGACAGAGAGCAACAUACUGGGAAGCCAAGCGUACCAGGACUGGUUCACGAAGAGGUUCACGGUCACCACCUUCGCCAACGAGAUGAAAUGGUACAGCAACGAAGUGGUCAGAGGGAAAGAGGACUAUUCGACAGCGGACACGAUGCUCCAGUUCUUCAAGCAGCACGGGAUCGCAGUCCGCGGCCACAACGUCCUGUGGAACGACCCUCAAUACCAGCCCCAAUGGGUGAAAUCUCUCACGGGAGAUGACCUUUACCAAGCCAUGAGACAGAGGGUCAACUCUGUAGUGUCGAGAUACCGAGGCCAGUUAAUGGGGUGGGACGUCGUCAACGAGCAGCUUCCGUUCUCGUUCUUCGACAGCAGGCUGGGUCCCACAGCUCCUGGCGAGAUAUACAACCUGGCCCACGCCGCGGAUUCAGGGGUGACGCUGUUUAUGAACGAGUACAAUACCUUGGAGGAACCGAACGAUAAGUCCUGUUCUCCGGCAAGGUACCUGCAGAGGCUGAGGGAUAUUCAGUCGUAUAAGGACAACAACGGGAUACCUAUGGGAAUCGGGCUUGAAUCUCACUUCAAAUCUCCGAACAUCCCUUACGUUAGGUCGGCUCUCGAUACUCUUGCCGCGACUGGUUUGCCUAUUUGGAUCACUGAGCUCGACAUCAAUAGUUCUCCCGAUAAGCAGCCGCAGUAUUUGGAACAAAUCCUGAGAGAAGUUCACUCGCAUCCGCAAGUGAAAGGAAUAGUACUGUGGGCUGGGCUGGGGCCGACCGGCUGCUACCACAUGUGCCUGACCGAUGGAAACUACAAAAACUUGCCCACGGGAGACGUCGUGGAUAAACUUAUCGGGGAAUGGGGUGGCUUCCGCAAACAAACAGUGGGUGUCGCCGACAGGGACGGCUUCUUCGAAGCCUCGCUCUUCCAUGGCGACUAUGAAGUCAAGAUUUCGAAGCCUUUUGCGAGCCAGACAGCAGCAACUCACGUCUUCAAGCUGAGCUCCGAAGUGGAAACUAACUCCGACGUGUCGGGUGCUUUCGUGUUCCGCGUUUAAGUUUGGGUGAUUGUUGUUUUCCGGUGAUUGAUUUUUGUUUUCGUUGUGAAAUUUAAUAAACGGAAAAAGCUACAUUAAAUAGUAACUUUUUUUUAUAUAUAUAAAUAAGAAUCAAGCUCUCUUUUAUAUUAA